AUCAAUAUCUGAGGUCAUUAAGUCCAUUCUCAAAAAAUUCUUAUACUCCGCUUCCCCAGCUCCCACUCCCCCUCCCCUAGCCCACCAUCUCCUCCAUCUUACUCACACACUCGGUCGAAGCACAGAAGCCACCGCCCAGCCGGCCACGCCGUCGCCCUCGCCCACCGCGGCAGGCCUCCGUCGUGCUGUCGCUCUAUCGCAGUCUUGGCCUUCUGUUCCUACAGAAGCUUGAAGCCCAAAAACCUUGGGAAAGAUUGUUCCUAGUCCGAUGCAAUGGUGGAAAGCGCAAGGCCUCACUGUAUAAAUUCUGGUCACGUGGUUGAGAGACAUUUAUUUACCCUUUUCUCUUGAUGGUCUGUUUUAGUUCAGUUUUUGAAAUUGCUCAUUUGCAAUGACAUCAAUGGCAUUAUCUUUACCUUUUUCGACUCAAAGAGAGUGGCCUAUAACUUUCCUAAAUUCCGACUUCCUCCCUAGGAAUCCAGCUUAUUGCCAUCUUGGUAGCAUACAAAAGAGAUAUAAAGAGAGGAAAAUGCCAACAAAUUUCUCUCUUUUAAUUUCUUGUUCAUCCAUUAAAACAGUCGGUAGUCCUGGUUUAGACAGGUAUAUCGUGAAGCAACACAAGAUACGGUUUGUUCAAAAGCUGACAACAUUACUCCUAUCCAAGCCAAAGCACUAUAUACCUCUACAUAUUCUUUCCAAAUGUCGACCAUACCUUUCUGUUUCAACACCUAAGUCAAUCCUCUCGAUGAUCUGCCGUUACCCUACCAUAUUUGGACUCUUUUCUAUUGAAUGGCCUCCACUUCCACUUAAUGCAGCCAAGUCAUAUCCUCAACUUUGUGUUCGUCUAACCCCAGCUGCAGAGGCCCUUGCAGCCCGUGAGUUAAAUUACAAAUUUGCCAUCUCCGAUACCUUGGUACAAAAGCUUCAGAAACUUCUCAUGCUCUCUUCUCAUCAGCGAUUACUUUUGUCUAAAAUAGUUCACCUUGCUCCAGAUCUUGGUCUUCCCCCUAAUUUUCGAUCACGCCUCUGUAAUGACCAUCCAGAUAAGAUCAAGAUUGUUGACACCUCGUAUGGCCGAGCACUUGAACUUGUCACAUGGGAGACAGACCUUGCGAAGACUUUACCAUCUACAGAUGUUCAAUCACUUGGGUUGAUAGUAGAUAGACCGUUAAAAUUUAAGCAUUUGAGAUUGAGAAAAGGAUUGAAUUUAAAGAGACGCCAUCAUGAUUUUUUGAUCAAGUUUGGUGAAAUUCCAGAUGUGUGUCCUUAUAAAACUCCCGCUGCAGAAUUAGUGAAGGAGUCCAUUGAGGCAGAGAAAAGAGCUUGUGCAGUAGUGCGUGAGGUGCUAGGGAUGACAAUUGAAAAGAGGACAUUGAUCGAUCACUUGACUCAUUUCAGAAAGGAGUUUGGGUUGUCCAACAAGUUGAGGGGGAUGAUCAUCAGGCAUCCUGAGUUAUUCUAUGUUAGUUUGAAAGGACAUAGGGAUUCAGUGCUCUUGGUGGAGGGGUUUGAUGAUAAUGGUAGGCUUUUGGAGAGAGACCCAUCUUUAGAUAUAAGGGAAGAGUUGAUGAAGUUGGUUAUAGAGGGGAAGAGAAUGAGGAGAGACAGGAGAAGAGCUCGUUGGAGAGGCAUUGAAAUUUGUGAUUCCAACGAUGACAAACAUGAUGAAGAUCAUGGUGAUGAUGACGACGACGACGAUUGUGGUGAUGAGGAUGGUGAUGGUUUUGAGAAUUUGUUCGAAUCUGAAAAUUCAAUUAUUGAGGAUGGCCAUGAUGAGAGCAGUGAGCUUUUGUCUUACAGAGAGAAUGCAGAGUUUUGGAGUACGUAUUUGGGGAGUUACCCCAACGAUGAAGAUAAAAGAUCUCUGGAACCUUGGUAGUGAUUAAUGUCCCUAUUGUGAAUAUGCAACCAAGCAUAAAGAGAGUUAUUCUUCCAAAUUCUAACGUAUUCUUAUACUGAACUGGACUAUUUAGUAGAUUCCGUCGUUUGAUGCUACCAAAAUGUUGCCAUUUGGUCCAAAAUUUUAGAACUCAUAGCAUUAGAAGAAAAGAAUGCGUUAGGCAUAUGUGCAAUAGGGUUAGUUUCAAGCAUUUCUUUUUUUAAAAAAUAAUUUGACUAAGAGUAGUGCCCAACUGCUUUCAUAUAUGACAGAAAACAAUAACCAGAAUUAAUA